AUGCUUCUUGUCGACAGAAACGGUAUUACCAUUGAGGUCAAUGAUCCGGAUUCAGUAAUGUUGACUAUUUUCAAGUUGAUUCGCUGUGCUGUCGGAAAGCCUGCGCCUGGCAAGAUUUGUGUCUCGAAUCUGGAAUAUCAGCCCACGGCUGAUUCUUUUUUUCUCGACUCUCUGGAAGAGCUUCCCACCUCUCCUGGGGACAAUGUGUGUUGGAAGGAUCUUUUCGAAGAAGCGAUAGUCAUCACAGGGCCGGAUGUCCAAUAUCACAAGCCGGGUCGAGGUCUGGAACUAGAUCUCGGUGCGAUGCUGCAAUUGUCGGCAGUCAAAUAUCCUGUUCUUGUUGACUCUGGCAUUGUUCUUUUGGGCUACUCCACGGCUCUCAUCCCGAUCCGCGAAAUUGAUGAUGAGACAAUCCUAUAG